AUGGAUCCGUCCGCGGGCAACCGGUUGACCCUCCGGGAGACUGACGAGGCUGAUUCUGUUACCACUACUUUCAUUUAUUCGGAGCAGGAUAAUGUGGCGUCGAAGCAGCCCACGGGUCGGGUGGAUGUCAUGGAUUCAUCCACCGCGGCCACCACUUCAAGGCUCGACCAGCCACUGAUCAAAUCGCUCAGCGAUGUCUUUCUUCCAUCCGGGUAUCCGCAUAGUGUGAGCGAAGACUACCUCCCCUCCAUCGCCGGCCUCUUAUCCUCCAGAGCCGUGCUACAAGGAGUCGGAGUCGGCAAUGCAGACGCCUCACCCACCUCUGCACUCCUCCUGCACAUUCUCCAAGACUCCUCCGGCCGGAUAGCAACAAUCUUAUUCGCGCACCGGGUGGGCACAGCCCUGGAACCAGAAUGCAAGACGUACCGACUAGCAGCCGAUGUGUUCAAUGACAUCGCCAUGAUUCUAGACUGUCUAUCGCCCGGUGUCCCCGCCGGAUACAUGCGUGUGACUGUUCUCAGCACAGCGGGCGUGUUGAGAGCGCUGUGUGGUGUUGCGGGUGGGAGUUCGAAGGCGAGUCUCAGUGCGCAUUUCGCCAGGUGGGGGAAUUUGGCGGAGCUUAAUGCCAAAGAUUCGUCGCAAGAGACGGUUAUUUCGCUGGUUGGGAUGCUGGUUGGUUCUCUAGUCGUCUCCCAUGUUACCAGACUGGGAACUACAUGGGCAGCACUCCUCUUUCUUCUCGGGGUGCAUCUGAGCAUGAACUACGCAGCCGUGCGAGCCGUGCAGAUGACCAGCCUGAACAGACAACGAGCCAACAUCGUCUUCUCAACGCUCCUCAGCUCAGACCCAGAUCUGAACAUCGAAGCACUCCGCUCUGGGUCCGGCUCUACAACUCAAGAAAAGAGAAAACGUGUCUCGAGGUCAUCAUCAUCGAAAACCACCCCCGAAAAAUGGAAACUCCUCACGCCCGCCGAAGUAGCAGAGCAAGAACGCAUCUUCCCCAGAGAUGGAGCCCUCGAAUGGAUCUCCUACCAGCCAGAACAACAGCAACAGCCCAUAAAACAGAGUAUAGGCAGCGCAGCCAUCGGUGUCUCCUUGCCCACAUUUUUCAGGAAUACCAAUACCAGCACCACAAGCACGAAUGUAUCAUCGCCAUCAUCAUUCAAAACAUCCCUCCCAAUGACCCAACUAUCCACCCUCUUUGAAGAAGAAGCAUACCUCUUCUUUCUGUGUCCAUCAUCAUCUUCAUCCUCAUCGAAGAAAGGAAAAUGGCACGCCUCGAUCCUACUGAAGAAGGGCUGUUCCAAACCGGAUCGGUUAAAAGCGUGGGCGCACGCACUGCUGGCUGUCUGGGUUCUGAAUGGGAAGAAAGACGCGAGUGAUCAUGCGCAGGUACUUGGUGUUGUAUCGCGCACUUUGGCGUUCAUGUCGGAGCAGUCUCGCCUCGAGCGGUAUCUAGCGGCUCUAGCUGCGGCUGGGUGGGAUCUGGAUGUUGCGGCUUUGGAGACAAGUGGUGGGAGGCGGGUUUGUUUUUAG